GAGAAUGAAUGGGAGAUCGGGUAACCAGAAGGGGAGCUGAAAAACCAGUUAGGAGGCUAUUAUAUUAUUGGAUACUGGUUUGGAUUAGGGUGUUAUCUGUGGACAUGGAAUGGGAUCAAUGAAUUUGGGAUGUAUUUUGGAGGUACUGCUGACAGAACUUGCUGAUGAAGUGGAUGUGGAGGAAUAAGAAACCAGUCAAUUACUCACAGUGUGAGGACUCCAAUAGUGAUGAUGAUUUUGUUCCUGCUACCGGACCUUUAACUAAGAAAUCCAGAACAACACCAAAUGAGUCAAAACUAGAAAAACCAAAACCUAAAUUGAAGAAUGUCCAGAAAGAAGACAUCCCAUUACAAGAGAAAACUCCUAAAAAAAGGAUAGCUUUAGAUGACAAGCUCUACCAGAGAGACUUAGAAGUCGCACUAGCAUUAUCAGCGAAGGAACGUCCAAUAGUCACCAUUGAUGUGGAGUCUCAAGGAAAAGGCAGUGAAAAACGUGGCAAUAGUGAAACAGAAACAAUGGAUAAGUUUCCCCAUAUCUCCAAUUGCAGUGUAGCCAGUGAUUACUUAGAUUUGGAUAAGAUUACUGAGGAAGAUGAUUUUCCUGGUGCUCCGGGGAGGAGAAGAGCAGCAUCCAAAGCUGUGGUACAGCAGAGGAAGAUUCUCUUGGAAGGCAGUGACGGUGACAGUGCUAAUGACUCCGAACCAGACUUUGCAACUGGUGAAGAUUCUGAGGAGGAUUCUGAUUUUAGUGAAAGUGAAGAUGAUGAUGAAGACUUCACUAUGAGAAAAAGUAAAGAAAUUAAAAAGAAAGAAGUGAAGGUUAAAUCCCCAGUUGAAAAGAAAGAGAAGAAACCUAAAUCCAAAUGUAAUGUAUUAGUGACUUCAGUGGACUCUGCUCCAGCUGCCAUCAAAUCAGGACCUCAGCCCUCACCAAAAAAGGUUUCUCUUUCUUCAGAGGCCACUAGGAAACCAUCCCCAAUGUGCAGUCCUGCUGCUGAAAGCAAGAGGCCGAAGUGGGUGCCACCAGCAUCCGGAAGUAGCAGCAGCAGCAGCAGCAGCCCCCUGGCAGAGGUGUCUGUUAAGUCUCCAAAUCAGAGUCUCCGCCUUGGCUUGUCCAGAUUAGCACGAGUUAAACCUCUGCAUCCAAAUGCCACUAGUAGCUGAGUAUGGUAGUAAAGAAAUGUUUAAGAGAACCUCAGUUUGAUAAGUGUGUUUAUAUUGUAACAUAAAGGAAUUGUUUAAUGUCAUAUAAAUUGU